UUACUCACUUGACAAUGAUAUAUAAUACAGCGUUGAAAGUCCUUCAAGAAAGUCCCCUUUUUUUUCACAAAAAAAAGGAAAAAUAGACAACUAGUGAUGUCCAAGAACAAAAAGUAUUGAGAGAGAUAAAACAAGAUCGAAAAUUUGUGUUGGUAGAAGAGCGCGAUAAUUAAUAAUCAUCAUCGAUCAAUAUUAGUAGCAAAUGAUGGCUGGAAACCCUACUAAUUGGUGGAGCAUGAUCAUGAACGGAAACAUGCAUCCACAAUCUCAUGAUCUUGAUCAACAUAUCUCUUCUUCUUCUAAUUCUACUUCUUCACAUUUUUAUGGAGCACCUCACAAUCCAAAUCAAGAUUUCCCUCGUUCAUUGAGCCAACUACUUAUGAGUGGAUUUUCUGGUGAUGAAGAAAAGUUUGGUAUAAGUCCUUUUCAUGAUGCCGGGAAUUCGGAAGACCAAAGUUUGAAUUCCGUCCAUCCAACAUCAUCAACUAGUAAUUUUAGGGUUCCUGUUGCUGAUGUAAAGCCAGAGUUGGCCCAAAUGUACUAUUAUCAUCAUCAUCAUGUCUUUCAAGCUUCGUCGUCACUAGAAGAAAAAAUGGAAUUAGCAACGAAUCAUUUUACGAGACCUCUAAUUGCUUCUAAUUGGUCUCAACAAGAUUUACCAUCACCAGCUAGCUCUUGUAUUACCACGGGUUUAAGCCAUAACCUUUUGAAUUUCUCUAAUAACAAAGGGGAACACAAGCAUCAAAGUCAUCCAGAUCAUAAUUCGUCAGAGUGUAACAGCACAAGCAGUGGUGGGAUAAGUAAGAAGGCUAGGGUUCAACACUCUUCAGCUCAACCAUCUCUAAAGGUAAGGAAGGAGAAGCUAGGAGAUAGAAUAACAUCACUCCACCAACUUGUUUCUCCAUUUGGAAAGACUGAUACAGCCUCCGUCCUAUCAGAAGCUAUUGGCUACAUCAGAUUCCUUCAGGCUCAAAUUCAGGCAUUAAGCUCACCAUAUUUGGGCAAUGCAUCAGGAAGCAUGGGUCACAUUCCCCAACAAUCACUAAAUUUUUUGGAUGGUAAUUUUCUGAAAAGGAGGCCAGCAUAUAAGCAGGUUUCUCAGCACAAAGCGAUGGAUUUAAGGAGUAGAGGGUUAUGCUUGGUUCCUAUUUCUUGCAUGGCAAAUAUAGGAAGCGAUACUGGUGCCGAUUACUGGGCUCCAGCUCUCGGCGGAGGAUUUUGAUGUUAUAUACUCUGACAGUGUAAAAAUGUUGAGACGAUGUACAAGGAACUGAUGAUAAGAAGGAUCGGACCCUCUGCAGUGUCCUCAUGGAAUGAAUGAUAUAACAUCACAAGCAGUCAUUCUCAGUAUGAAAGUCAGAGCUGACUGUUUGUGAUGCUAUUUUGCAUUUGUAAUCGGGUCAAGGAUAAAGUCUUGGUAUUGUCCAAUGUACAAUAUGGGCCUAUUUUCUUGAAUAAUCAUACAACACUACAAUCUAGUUCAUAAGUGUUGUGUAUAUGUAACUUGGAAAUCCAUAGGUACAAUCUACAUAUCGUUUCAAGAAUUUUAUCUUUCUAGC